UCUGCACUCGAAAUUCUGAGAGCCAAGCAAGUUAGAGUCCGGCAGUGGGUUGGCACUGUGGAGACCCUGGAGACCUUGCCUUUGGGCGACACCGGCGAUUACCCUGUCGGCGGCUUUCCAGAUACACUGUCGGAGGUGUGGUCAUCACAGGGACGCGCUGUGGCCCAAGGCCCUGGUGCCUGCGGAUUGUUGUAA